AACUCAACUUUUCCAUAGAUUGAAAACGUAAGAACUGUAUAGAAAACUUUUGAAAAUAUAGGUUCGGUUUAUAGCAUGUUAAAGUAUUGGUGUGGACCUCAGAUCUCUGAAUGUGUUUGACCGAUAGCGAAGACCAAACUAGAAGUUCUUCUCCGUUGGAACAUCAUUUUAAUCUUCCAACACCCAUGAUUCAAGACUCAAUGAAGCCAGGACCCAUCUCCCCCCUCCAGGCAGUUAUGUCGGCUUAUAAUCAUAGCGGGAUGAUGCCUUCUCGUCCUGGGAGCGACCUCCCGUUUUUCCCGCCUUCAUAUCUUCCUAGUUUAUCAAUGGCACAUUGCGCUCCUUCGCUUAUGUUCCCAAAAGGCGCGAAUUCCAUAGCCGGGUUGGGAUCGGCGUUUGAGCGCAGUUUGUGCGGGGCUCAGGGCCACGAUUUGCCGCAGGGCAAACUUCCGGACCCCGAUGAUAACGAACCGGAUGACCCGCAGGUCGAUCUCGAUAACAUGGAACUGUGGGAGCAAUUUCACCGACGUGGAACUGAAAUGGUGAUCACCAAAACCGGACGACGAAUGUUCCCAUCGUUCAAAGUUAAAGUGAGCGGAUUGAGCAAAACUGCCAAGUACAUUAUGCUCAUGGACAUCGUGUCGGCCGACGACUGCCGCUACAAGUUCCACAACUCUAGAUGGAUGGUAGCAGGGAAGGCGGACCCCGAGCUCCCCAAAAGGAUGUACAUCCACCCAGACUCCCCGGCAACAGGGGAGCAAUGGAUGAAUCGACCAGGAGUGUCGUUCCAUAAGCUCAAGCUCACCAACAAUAUCGCGGAUCCUCAUGGCCAUACCAUUUUGAACUCAAUGCACAAGUACCAGCCACGCUUCCACGUUGUGAGGUGUGGGGACCUUGCGAAGCUUCCAUACUGUGCGUUCAGGACGUACGUGUUCAAGGAGAUGCAGUUCAUCGCAGUGACAGCAUACCAGAACGAGAAGAUUACCCAGCUGAAAAUCGACCACAACCCCUUCGCAAAGGGAUUUCGAGACUCAGGGAGCGGAAAACGUGAAAAAAGAAGACAACACUUCCACUUGCAACAGCAAAUGGUUGGCAACCACAAGGAGGCAGCAAGCAACCCAACUCGUCAAACAAGUGUGUACUCCAACUCUGAACGAUCAGAGUGCAACGUGUCCACCGAUGACGACACACGCCCAAACAACAGUGGCGGAAGUACGUCAUCCGUGACGUCACCAACCAGGCUCGAGAAGCGAGCCACGGAUUACAGUGAGACGAUCAUUGGUGAGAGCUCAUCAAAAAAAUCACGAACCUCAAUCACGGAAGACGAUCAUAUGAGCAACGAUGAAAAAUCGAAGAACGAAGUCUUCAGGCGCGAAACCUUAACAUCGCCAUUAAAGAAAACUCCAGAAGCUGCUUCCCACAGAAGAUCACCUCAUUCCCCCAUCAAACCGAGGGUGAAAGAUUCUCCAGUGACGUCAUCGAGUACUCUGACGUCACCCAUCCCGAUUCACCCUGGGUUAACAGGCUUGGGAGGCUACCCAAACGCAUUCAUGCCCCAUUUAUCCGGUGCUGCAGCUGCGGCUUACCCAUUCCUACACCCGAGCCAGAUGAGUGCUCUCACAGCCGCUAUGUCAGCAGGUGGAGCAAGCAACCCUUACUCUCAUCUCGGUUCUGCAUUCAACCCAGCCUUACUACAAGCUGUGGUAAACGCAGGUGGAAUGUCAUCGCUCCACCGACCCUCCGCUCAGAACCCCGGAUCCCAGCUCCUUGCAGGAUUAGGAGCGCCAUCCACAUCUCAACCUUUCUCAUCACUGUUCACCAACUCUCCUCCGCUCUCCGCGUUCAAUCCAUACGCAAACUUCUUCCCGUACGGAUCCGCAGCCGCAGCAGCAGCUCUUGGGUUUCCAUCUCCAGCAGCAGGGGCGUCUUCUUCAUCUUUACCCGGGGGAAGAGUGGACGGGUCCUCCGGAAGACCUAUGUCGCCCAUGUCCCUCGCUAACCGGUUGUACCGCCAGUCAAACCACCAGCAACAUUCCUUCAACAAAAGCUUCACCGAUCCAUCUUCACCGCCUCUUCACAUUCCGGGAGUUCUCCCAUCUUCCUCACCGAGGGUGGGCACCAGUUAUUCGAACAGUGCGAAAAAUUCUCGGUUCUCCCCAUACGCAAUGCCCUUCUUCGGCUUCCAUCCUUUCAGAUCCGGCCCGGGCACCGAAUCCUCGGAAAACCGCUUUGACUUCUCGCACCAUCCUCGCCCACAGCCAUCCGAAUCCUCUGAGCCGAGUCAAAGAAGAAGAUCCGGUUCAGGAUCACCAAUUUCAUCCUCUUCAUCUCCGGCUCCCCGAGUCCGAACCAUAUCCGAGUCCUCGGACGGGAUGAAACCAGAGCCAUGCCGAAGAUCAUCGAACACCUACCCGAGUCCUACCAUUGGCACCGCUGUGCAGGAAUUAAGAAACAUGGAAAAUUUAGUUUCUGGUUUGGACAAAACAAGACGUCAUUCCGAGGAGUUAAGAGUAAACAAAGCAUAACACAAACGAGCGGCUGAUAAUGCACAAGGUUUGUUUUGUAUCUUGCUACUAUUAGCUCCCAUAGUUUACCAUUCAAGCUGUUAAGCACAACGCAAUACCUCAAAGUGUGCAUUUAAACUUUGGGGCGAAAAGUUGUUCAAUAAUUUAACUUCAAAUAAUUUUUCUUACAUAAUAGAAAUCUUUUACAAUAACAUUACACGAAUCAUUUUAAAUUGGAUGAGACACAAAAAUGUAACUUAAACACAGAUUUGUAAACUUGGUACACAAAGACUGAAUAUUUCUGAUUCUAUGUUAUAUCCUUUAUACCUCAUUUUGCCCCGAUUACGUACUGUGUGUAAAACGUACAGUCGUUGCCGCUGAACAACACAGACCCCGAACAUUGCUAUUUCUACAACUUUUUGUUUCAAACCGUAAUUCGUGCUCAACGUGCGUGGAUUCACAUGUUCCCCUAUAUAUGUUGUAAGCAGCACAUUUUUAUAUUCCUAUCUGAACACGCUGUAGUAACAUCACUAUUUUCAUAUUCUUGUUAUUAACGUUUAUUCCUGUUGUGAUCGUGGCCGUUAUUUAUAUCUUUCUUGUUGCGAACCUUACUGGAUUUUAAGACAAGUUAUGUAGAAUGAAUGUGAGGCGAUUUAAUUGCCUUUUUAAAUUUAGGUAGCGAUUUAGAAAUGUGAAAAUGUGUUUAGAGAUAGUUCGUGCAAUUUAAGAGCAUUGGGAUUAUAGAUAUUUUGCUUUUAGCUUAUUCGUCUUGUGCAGUAAAGGUUUAUUUCGCUUUUCUUCCAUUACAAAGCAAUACAUGAAAAAUACAAGAAAAAAA